GUGUGGCGAUGUGGGCGCUGUUAGUAGCAGUGCUGUGUGUGGGCGUGGUGUGGGCUGACCUGUCAUUCGUCCCUUUCGAGACAUGCGACCCGACCUUGACCCCGAGUGAGUGCCAGCUGCGGAAGGCGGAGUGCGGAGUGAUCAACAGCAUCAUGCAACCAGCUGGAGGGCCGAUCGUCUCUGUGGUUCAUUGCUCACAGGUGGUUGGCGUGCCUAUUAACCCAGCUGUCUUCUCGACUCUUGGCACGUCCUUCCUGGCCGGCGUUCCCCCCAGUCUACCUGAUUACCUCCAGGCAGAUCCUACGUCCAUCGCCGCCCUCCGGUUCUGCGUCCUCAACUCGACCGGCCUCCUUCUACCUAGCGGGAAAAUCGACCGGCCGCAGCUCCUUGCCAAGCUCGAUGCCCAGCUCUACUACGUGCCAACUGUGGCAGCGACUGUCAAGAAUGCUGUCAAGACCUGUCCGGAGCCUCAGGUGUUUAAGGUUCAACCCUUCAUCGCCUGCCUCCGGAGCGCCUGCCUCACCGCCCCCGUCCCCCUCCCCCUCAGCGCAGCCGAGGUCAACCCCCCCUCGCUGGAUCUGACCCUCGCCAGCCUGCCCACCUCCAUGCCCAUCCCCGGCUACUGGGCAUUCUAGAACAUUCCAGAACAACGGGAGGGGAGGAGGGGAAGGAGAAGGGAAUUAAGAUCUGUUCUUCAGCGUUUCGUGGGUUUUAUUCUGGAACAUUCUGGAAGAAAGGAGGAGGAAGGGAUAUCUUUGUUCUUCAAGGUCUGAUGGGUUUUCUGGAACAUUCUGGAAGAACGUAGGAGGGGGAAGGGAUCUUUGUUCUUCAAGGUCUAACGGGGCUUUCUAGAACAUUCCGGAAGAACGAAGGAGAAAUUGAUAGCUGUUCUCCGAUGUCUGCUAGAACUUUCUAGGAUAUUCGAACAUGAGGAAAAGGAGAAUUGUUCAUCGUCAUCUACUGGGCAUUCUAGAACAUUCCAGAAAAAAAUAGAUUAGAGGAAUUGGAUAUUCUUCUCCGUUUCUAUAUCUCUGGU